AGCAACCAUUCUGCCGGAGGGGAAGCAUGGGGCGAGUCAACAUUGCCCAGCUGUGGAAAAUGGAGUUCCAGCAGAAACACAUCAAGUUCAUGGCCCAGAUGUACCUGGACACCAGCCAGAAAAGGAACACCAAAUCUCAGUUGCUUUUAAAGAGGCACCAUCAUUUGUACCGGUAAUGCAGGCAGAGAAGGCCUCAGACACUUGCCACUAUCCCCUACUGCAUGCCCUGCAAGGCCAGAUUCUCACCUAACCCCAUUAAGUUAAAAUGGGAUGGAUGAGUCUUGCUGGAACAGAACCAACAGUCCAUCUAGUCCUGGAAUGGGGAACCUCAGGGCUAAGGGGCCACACACAGCCCCUGAGGCCUCUUUCUAUGGCCCCCAAGACUCCCCACAUGCCACAAAUACCCUCCCCAUACCCUCCCUCAAUAGCCCUGCAUCGCACCCACCUGCAGGGAUUUUGCCUGGGUGGAAUGUGUCCUUGAACUCUGAUCAUGCCUCUUGCCUGCCUGAAUGGAGGAUAGAGGGGGGGGGGGUUGUGCAGAAACUAGCCUCUUUUGCCUCUGCCCCAUCCUGCAGCACAGUGGCCAACUGGAUGCCUGAGGGCAAAUAAUAUUGAUGCAUUCUUUCUAUUUCAAUUUGUUUUUACUGUGCUGCAAUUCUUUUUUAAAAAUGUUGUCAAUAGCCCGGAGUGCUUCCCACAAGAAUCUGGUUGGCCUCUGUGAGAACAAAGUGAUGGAUUAGAUGGGCCUUUGGUCUGAUCCAUCUGGGCUUGUCUUAUGUGCUUACAUAAGGAGUGUCAGGAGUAUAGGGAAUAAAUUUCAGUAUAGCUAAAUAAAAUGGUGGGAUCCAGCAAAUGCCUGAUUUCGCCCACUACUGGCACCAGUAGUGGCAUUUACUUUUUCCUUCCAUUUCCAGCUGCUGGGACAGCCUCUCCUCAUUUGUUGCUUGUGUUUUGUUCUCAGGGGUCGCCUGAGCAGGGAAUCUAGCUCAACACCAUUCCUCCCAGAAAUUCAGUUCGGAAAGCAGAGCAGUAAGUAGGAAGGAGGUCUGAGAGACAGAAAAGAGCAAUCCAAGGCUUUCUCCCCAUUGGUUUGUGGGUGCCCAAUAGGGAAACCAAUAGUGCAAUUUCAAUGUAAUUCUGUAAGGUAGAAUUGGCAACUAGAAGCCUUCGUCUGCCCCAGUAGCAAGAAGACCUGUCUUUCCCGUAUUGGUCUCUACAGCCGCAGCAGGCACUGUAACCUUCCAACAGUUCCACUUCAUCCCUAAAGGCACACUUCUCCAGUCUCCUGAGACAGACAAAUGUCAACAAUCUGAACUAACAAAAUCCACAUUUUAGCUCACAACAACCUUGCAAGGUAGAUUAGACUGAGAGACAGUAACUCACCAAAGAUGAACCAUUGCAUUUCAUGUCUGAGAAGAUUUCUGAAUGCAAGUCUAUUAAUUGCAAGUCUAGCCAUUGUGCCCAGAGGCAGAACUAGGUGCCCCGGCACCCGAAGUGGCAUGCACCCAGGGGGCGGGACACAUGUCCCAGGGGAUUUGCUGGGUGCCGCAAGGCUCCGGGGGGGGGCCGCCGGCCACCUCAAGCGUCCUGGGAGGGCGCCGCCCACGGCGAGGGUCGGGUAGGCGAUGUCACCCGGGGCAGGCCACACCCUCCUUGCUCAGCCUCUGAUUGUGCCACACUCUCUCUCAAUUUCAGGGCCUCUCUGUCUUCCUUAUUUUAGACACUUGCAAUACCUAUUGCCUUGAUGGGUAGACAAAUCUGCAAAGCCCUGCAGCAGGACUGACAGAAGCAAGUACUGUAUUUCUUGCAUGGCAUGGUCAGCUUAAAAGUAACCAGUAAAACCAGCAACAGAUAACAUGGUAGGGCAAACAUCACAUAUUUCUCUUAGGAUCAAAAAUACAGGGUCACCAUUAAAAAGGCCCUGUUUAUAGAGCUGAGGGACCUUGAUGGUAGGUAAAGCAAGCAGAGCCUCAGAAGCUGGCCUUAUGGAGUACAAAUAUGUAACACAUGCAUCGUAGUCCAGAGCUGGGGAAACUCCAGAUGUGGUUGUUCUCCCACUCCCAACAGUCCCAGUAAACAUGGCCAAGGCUCAUGGAUUACUGAAGUUGUAGUCCAACAACAUAUGCAGGACCACAGAUUUUGCAUUAUUGUGUUAAAAGCAUAGGGGCAGGAGGACAGGCUCUUGGGGCAGGGGCAGCCAGGAAGCCUCCUUGCAGGGCAUUCAGAUCCCAACCUGCAUCAGCUGAAUGAUCUUCUCUUUGCUCCAGGUGGUCGCAUAUCCCCAGAAGGCCGCUUGUCAAUGGCAGUGAACACGGACAGCCCUGGGCCAGCAGCUUACUCGGCCUGCAGUGUGAACUUCCGGCAAACCAGUGCUCCAUCCUACACCUUUGGGUUGAAAUCACCUUCUAAAGGUGCGAGUGAAGGGAAGGGAUUAAGAGAGCAUUCUUUCAGUUUCCACCUAUUCAUGAAUCAAUAUAGUCUGUGUUUAGGCCACUAGACCAGAGGUUUUCAACAUUUUUGAGAGGCCAUCUUGGAUCUAUCCUCCGAGAAGAAAAGCACAAGCCUUUGUUUCCUCUUGGCUAGUUAGUUAGUUUAGGAUUAGAAACUCUUCUGUCUGAGUUACGUCCUUUCUACCACAAACAACUUCAUUGUUUUUAUCUACCAAUAUUGCUUGGUGUGUUGUUACAGAUGAGGCUAUUCAUUUACAGCGUUGCAUGAAUUUGCAGAGCUUCCUAAGAAAAAUGGCUUAUUGGAUGCAAUUUCUCCAAUGCAGAGGGUAGGGGAAAUCCUAGGGCUAGCAUGCUUGCAGCUGAGACUUUGAGAAGGGAGGUAAUUUUCUCGCUCUGGGUAGAGCCAAUAGAAACUAUCAUAUUGUUGUGCCUACAUUUCCCAACCUUCCUUGAGGUCUAAAAAAGGGGGAAAGGCACUACAGUGGUACCUCGGGUUACAUAUGCUUCAGGUUACAUACGCUUACAUACGCUUCAGGUUACAUACACUCCACUAACCCAGAAAUAGUACCUCGGGUUAAGAACUUUGCUUCAGGAUGAGAACAGAAAUCGUGCUCCGGCAGCACAGCGGCAGCAGGAGGCCCUAUUAGCUAAAGUGGUGCUUCAGGUUGUAGCAGGAACCCCCCCACCCCAAUCAUUCAGUUUGUACAAACUUCACACACUCACACUCACACACCACAUAUGCCACACUUCUGUUAUAAAUUCAUAGAAAAAUCAACCAUACAUUGGAUUUGCACUGUUCCAUUUUUAUUUUACUCCAUAUGACAAGGACUAUCAAAGGGGGGUGGCUUGGUUCUGGUCAGCCAUAAUCCCUUCACCAUCCCAGCACAUCCACCGGAGCCCUGCCCAGUUGCUAUGCCAACCCUGAUGGUCCCAGACAGAAGACCAUCAAGAUCACAAAGAACUUGCAUAUGGGAGUGGAUUCAGCAUGGACUGAAACAAAGGACAAUGAUCAGAUCUUCCCUCUGGGGGCAGGAAACUGCCAACUCCCUUUGUCUCCUGGAAGUGACUCAUGGGCCGGGGAAAGGAGGAACCAGCCAGGUGACAGGACACUCAGGUUACCACCACAACCCCUCCUUUCUGUAAUGUAUGCAUGAUGUCAACCCCUCCUUUCUGUAAUGUAUGCAUGAUGUCAACCCCUCCUUUCUGUAAUGUAUGCAUGAUGUUUCUGGGGGUGGGCUUGACCUAGAGGAGGGGAAUUUCAAAAGUUUUUAUAAGGUCUUGCACACCAUCUUUCUGGGUCUUUCCUCUCUCCUGCAAGUGAGGGGAACACCCUGUUGCAACAGUCUUUUCUUCAAUAAAGACCAAGCCUACUGGCUGCUGAUUUGCUUCCAAUUGCUCUGGUUGGUGUCUUUGUUUUUGUCCAAGGGAGCCCUCAGAUUUUCCGUUAACAAGGUUAAGAACAGUUUCAGGUUAAGAACGGACCUCCGGAACAAAUUAAGUACAUAACCUGAGGUACCACUGUAUCUUUUCUUAAAGGAGCAGCAUUGUUAUUCCUUCUACCUAAUAUAAGUGCUUUUUUUCUAAAAAAAAUGUUCAGAGGUACUCUCAUUUUCCUACUCAUGUCGAAAUACUGCCCCUCAAUGAGGCCAAACUUAUAUUCACAAAAUGCUUAGGGGUAUGCGUCCCCCUAGGAAAAAAGCACUGCCUAAAUAACUGACCCUUGUGGGGGCAGAACAUGUGUGAUUACAACUGGUAAGGCCUACUUUCUGGAUACUGUAUAUUCACAAGUCACACUUUCCCCCAAGAAGUGGGGAACAUGAGGGCCACAUUUUCUAGUAGGCAACCUCCUGGGGGCCACAAUGGCAAAGGAUGUGACAUAGACUUACUGUAACAAAAAACAAAUGAAUAGCUUAUUCUACCAGCAUGCGGCAAUGGAACAGCCUGUUCAGCCCUGCUUUCUGUCACCUCACCCUGUUACAUGAGUAGAUUGAGGGUCAUCCCACCUAUGAGGCAAGAUGAGGCAAUCGCUUCAGGCGGCAGGAUCCACAGGGGCAGCAGAUGUGGCCACCAAGAAAUGCAUCAUCCAACCCCACUUCUGCUGCCACUGCUGUCACUGACUGUGGCAUGCUUCAUAGAGGCCAGAUUUGCUGUCUCCUCAGCAGCCCCACCCUCAAAGCUGCCUCUACAACAGCCUCUUGGUAAACAGAUGGCACUGCUCUCCUCCCCCCCCUUCUGUAGAUCUUUAGAAUUGUAGAGUUAUAGGGUUACAAGGGUCCCCCAGGGGUCAUCUAGUCCAACCCGUUGCAACUCAGGAAUAUCAGCUAGAUCAUACAGUGGUACCUCGGGUUACAUACGCUUCAGGUUACAGACUCUGCUAACCCAAAAAUAGUACCUCAGGUUAAGAACUUUGCUUCAGGAUGAGAACAGAAAUCGUGGUCAGGCAGGGGUAGGCCCCAUUAGCUAAAGUGGUGCCUCAGGUUAAGAACAGUUUCAGGUUAAGAACGGACCUCCAGAACGCGGUACUUAACCCGAGGUACCACUGUACAUGCUCCUGAUGUAAGUCUUCACUCACCCCUUCAUCCCAGGUUGGGGAGGGGAUGCCAUUUUGUGGUUUGCCUCAGCUGCCAAAGUGUCUUGGGCCGGCUCUAUGUAGGCUGGGUCCCAAGUCUCUUGGGAUGACAGUUGGGGGCCUGGUUCAAAGUUCAAGGCUCUGUGACAACACUGAUGCUGCCUCAACCUUGUCUGUUCUGUUUCUCCAGAGGGCGGAGGGCGGCGUUCUUGGCAGAAGUCUUGGUUUUUGAGCAAUAACCCGUUCAUUAAGAAAGUGGAUUUUAGCAACGAGACCAAUGUAAGUGUCACGCAUGGGGGUGUCCCUUUUGUGCUAUGCCCCACCCAAUUCAUAUAGUUCAGUGACAUGCUUCAUUCAUUAAUUCAAUGGAAUAUUUACAAUCCUCCCUUUCAAAAAGUGCAUCAAAGCAGUUUACAACAUGCAAAACAUAAAUAAAAUAACGGUAUAAAUAAAUAACUCCAUAAAUAUUCAUAAAGCGUAAUAUAAAGAAUCAAAAGAUGCAGGUCCCAGGGUCAGUCUCCAUGUUGCAAAGAUCAGGUAGCAAGACGUAUACUGUAUAAAUGCUAGUGGUGGCCUUGUUGUAUUUGGAAGCAGCCAGAAAUUGAAGGCCCCAUCUGCACUAUGCAUUUGAAGCACCUCAUACAAGUAGGGUCUGAACAUAAGAGUGCACUCUCUUACUGCAAUUUCCAGCAGCUAGUUUUCAUACCCUCCAACAUUUCUCCAAGGAAAAUAGAGACAUCCUAAUUAAUAGUAUAAUAGUAAUACCCUAUGCAUCUGACUGGGUUGCCCCAGCCAUUCUGGGCAGCCUCCAACAUAUAUAAAAACAUAAUGUAACAUUCAACAUUAAAUAACUUCCCUAUACAGGGCUGAUUUCAGAUGUCUUGUAAAUAUUGUAAAGUUACAUAUCACCUUGGCUCAGGGUGUCACAUAACUCAGUUACAUGACUGCCUCUAACCGUGGAAGGCAGGGCAGAGCCGUCAUGGUUAGUAGCAAUUGAUAACCUUAUCCUCUUUGAAUUUGUCCAUAGAAUUCUUUUAAGCAUCAUUUCAAGCCACCAGGGCCAAUCCCUGGGGAUAAUGGGAGCAUCUGUGGACCAAAAGUUGGGCAAGGCUGCUUUAGAACCACAGAUUUGGAGUCCUAUUAGCACCAUACAUUUAAAGCAUGUCUUCCCCAAAGGAAUCCUGGGAACUGUAGUUCCUUAAGGAUGCUGAGAGUUGUUAGGAGGCCCCCUACUCCCUGUCACAGAGUUACCACUCCCACAGUUCCCUGGGAAGGAGGAUUGAUGGUUAAAGCAUUCUGGGAAAUGUAGCUCUGUUGAGUCUCACUGGUCAUAUAGCCUUUAUGCCCCUCCACCAUGUGGGUCCCCCUCCCCAGGAAGGAUCAUGCAGCUCAGCUGUCCCUCUGUUAUUUGCAGUGGCCCUCUCCUUUCCACUACGGCCAGCCCCUGGAUGUCAAGCCAGCCAACCUGCCAAACAGCCCCCAUUUCACCAUGGGACAGAAGGGAGAGUUCACUCUUGUCAGCAAAAGUAAGAACAUAAUGGGUACCUUAGUUUAUCAAGAGGUAUUUAUUUCAUAGAAUUGUAGCAUUGAAAGAGAUCCAGGGGGUCAUCUAGCCCAAAUCCUUGCAAUGUAAUUUUUUAUAUUUUUUUUUACAAAUAUGGGUCACAAAACUAUGACCCUGAGAUUAUGGGUCUCAUGUUCUACCAAUGGAGCUAUUAUCCUUAUCUGGGUCAAGGUGUGCCCCAGGACUCUAUUCUCGCCCUUUAUUGCCAGUCAGGAAGCUGAGCACUUGCUGAGUGCAAAUUCCAGAUUUUUACCAGAAAUUUGCCUUCGGUAGGGUUCCUCCCUUUUUAGUGAGACAUUGCCAGUAGCUAACACCUCCACUCAAAGAUUUGUUAUGAGGCCAAGUUAUUUGGGACCUGUUACUUGCACAUUGCCUUCUCUAUAUAAACCGAUUUGACCGCUUCAAUUUGCAGAUCUGACACUGUUACAGCUGCCACAUAUUUGUUCUGCACUUGCAAGAAAAUAAUUCUUUUGUUGUUAUGGGACCCACUUUGGAACUCCUUGCCUAUUGACACCAGGCAGGCACCUAUGUCGUACUCUUUCUACCACCUGCUCAAAACAUUAUUGUUUAGGCCAGCCUGACCAGAGACAUGGAUGCUGACAAGAUCUAAUCUCUUACUGUUAAUUUUAACUACAGUAUUUUAAAUUACGUACAUGGUUUUAACUGUUUAUUCCUCAAUAUUUUAAAACUGUUUUUGUAAGCUAUUUAGCGGUUUUCCUACGUUCAAACAAUACCAUUUUGUGUGGGGGCUGCAUUCCUGACCAUGCAUGAAGGCAUGUAAACCUGCUCCACCCAUUAUGCCCCUACCCCUUUCUGUCCCCUUUUCCAGCCACUUCCAGGCUGCAGGUAUGCACGUGUGUAGGGUCAAACUUUAUUUGAAUGUGUGCAACGGGGGGGGGGGGGUUGCCUGUAUAUAAUUUUUGUUUCAUAAAUACAUAUGGUAUCUACACUGCCCAUUUAACUUGCCCUCUUCACUUGGGUCCACUCAACACUACAAGGGGGUGGGCAAGAGCAGCAUAAGUUGCUCCUGGCAGUAACAGUAAGGGGAGCUAUGCUAAGCAUAUCCAAGAGGGUCUCUGUCGGGUUGCAGCUCUUCAAGUCAGUGCCUGGCAAUGCCAACUUCUCCCCUCCCUCUCCAUUAGUAUCUGGCACCACAGAUUGGACCGGCUUCUCUCUCACCCCUUUUCUCUUUCCUAGAUAAUAUGAUGGAUCCAGCACCCAAUAAGUACAACACAGAAAGUGCAUACAAACAUGUGAUGUUUAGAUCACCCUCUAUCAUCAUCAGCCCUGCACGAAACACUAUGCACAAGUGGGCCAGGAAAGGUGAGGAAUGGUAACAGGUUCCCUCCCACCACUCUUUUAACUACCGUAUUUUUCGUUCUGUAAGAUGCACCAGACCAUAAGAUGCACCUAGUUUUUGGAGGAUGAAAACAAGAAAAAAUAUUCCGAAUCCCAGAAGCCAGAACAGCAAGAGGGAUCACUGCACAGAGAUCCCUCUCACUCUUCUGGCUUCUGGGAUAGCCACACAGCCUCUUCAGGGCAGUGGGAUGACGGCUCCCCCUGCCCUGAAGAGGCUGCACGUGGCUAAGCCAGAAGCUAGAACAGCGAGAGGGAGCGCUGCGCACCUACACUUGUACCUUGGAAGUCAAACAGCCUAGCUCUCGAACGUUUUGGCUCCUGAACAAUGUUCCAGUUUUCGAACGUUCUUUUGGAAGCCAAACAUCCAGCGGGGCUUCCGCCGCUUCCAAUUGGCUGCAGAAGCUUCCUGCAGUCAAUCAGAAGUUGCGUUUUGGUUUUCGAGCAUUUUGGAAGUUGAACAGACUUCCGGAACAGAUUCCGGUUGACUUCCAAGGUAUGACUGUAUAUAAAGGGGCAAAGAUUGAAUAUUAAUAAGAGUUAGCAGUACCCCUGACCAUUGCUGCCAUUAUAACAUUAUGAUGACACUCAGCUCUAUCUGCUGAUGGAUGGCCACACCAACUCGGCCCCUGACACACUGACCAGAUGUUUGGAGGCUAUGGUGGGUGGUUUCAUGGGAGCCGAUUGAAACUAAAUCCUUCAAAGACAGAGGUCCUCUGGCUGGGUCGGGACGGCAUGAGGAUGAGGGACCAACUCCCUUCUCUUGCGGGAGCCCAAUUAGUGCCAGUGCCUUCCGUUAAGAAUUUGGGUGUUAUCCUUGAUGCCUCCCUUUCCAUGGAGGCACAGGUUACAGCAACAGCUAAGGCGACAUUUUUCCAUCUUAGAAGCAUUAAGCAGUUGGUCCCUUACCUUUCCCGCCCCAAUCUGGCCACAGUGAUCCAUAUGACAGUCACCUCCAGGCUUUACUGUAAUUCGCUCUACAUGGGGCUACCCUUGAAACUGUCCCAGAAACUCCAGCGGGUGCAGAAUGCUGCAGCGAGGCUCCUCACGGGGUCCCCGCCAUGGGAGCAUAUUCACCCAGUGCUUUACCAGUUGCACUGGCUCCUGGUGGAGUUAGGGUCAGGUUCAAAUUACUGGUUUUGACCUUUAAAGCCCUUUGUUGCUUGGGGCCCUCUUAUUUAUGGGACCACCUCUCCUGGUAUGCCCCACAGAGGACCUUAAGGUCCAUGAAGAACCAUAGUUUAGAGGUCCCAGGCCCUAAGGAAGUCAGACUAUCCUCCACCAGGGCCAGGGCCUUUUCAGUGAUGGCUCCGACCUGGUGGAAUGCUGUCACAUGAGACUAGGGCCCUUAAGGAUUUAACCUCCUUUUGCCGGGCCUGUAAGACAGAGCUAUUCCACUUGGCCUUUAAUUUGAAUUCAGCCUGAUCUUUUAUUUCCUUUCUCUUUCCUCUCCCUCCCCUUUUAUGAAGAUUACCAAGUAGGACUAAUUCAGCCAGCUAGCCCUGGUGACUAUCUAAUGUUUAUUGGAUGGAUUUCCUCCAAAUUGAUUUUUCAACUUUAUUGUUAUUCAUGCUUCUAUACUUUCAUGCUGCUUCUAUGUUUUAUUACAAUUAAGUGUUUUAAAUUUGUUGUUAGCCGCCCCGAGCCCGGUUUUCUGAACCAGGAAGGGCGGGGUAUAAAUAAAAUUUUAUUUAUUUAUUGUAAGUGAAGCAUCACUCAGCAGUUGGUUCACAGCCAAAUAUCUUUUUGUCCAGGCUUUCCCUAACCUAACCAGGAUGGUUAAAAACUAUAUAUAUAUAUAUUUAUAUAUAUAUAUAAAAUAGACAAAUUCAUGGAGGAUAAGGCUAUGUUCUCCGUUCACUGUCAAGAGGCAGUAUGUAUCUGAAUGCCAGUUGCUGAGAAUCAGUGCUGCUCCUCUCAGAUCCCACUUUCAGGUUCCCAGAGGCAUCUGAUCAGCCACCAUGAGAACAGGAUGCUGGACCAGACAGGGCUUUUUGGCCUGAUCCAGUAGUGCUGCUCUUAUGACUUCUGCAAACUUUUAGACGGUGGUGUGAUGUUCCUUUUUUCUUGCGACUCCCAACUCCCACCGGCCCCAGGCAGCAUGACCAAUGAGCAGGGAUGAUGGAAGUUACAAUCCAAAAGCACCAGCAGAAGUUUCCCCACCCAUUCUAAAAUGUUUACCAAAUAGACAGGCUAGGUGAAAUCAGACUAACCUUUGCAAGGAGGUAAUGUUUUUUAUAGUGACUGCUGGUUAAAAGCUUCAGUUGGUGCUGUUGCCAUGCCUGCUUGUUGAGUCUGAGCCCCAAAACAUUUAUGUGUGCAGUUCUGGCCACUGCCAUUCAGUUACCUUCUUCCACUUUCUUCCUUGGUUGCAGACACCACCCCUGGUCCCGGCACUUACAAUGUGGAGAGAGGGCACAUCGCUCGCCUACCUUGCUCCCCCAGCUUCUUCAUCCAAGGCGUGAGGCGACCCAAGAAGCACGAGACAGGGCCAUUUUCAACGCUGUGACACCCCACCACCAGGAGUGUGAUUAAAAGCCUGAUUGCCCUGACGCUGCAUGCCCCAUUUCUGCCCAGUGUUUAACAUUCCAGGCAGCUCUUGCAACUUUCAAUACAGGCUCAGACUUGUUAAAAGCACAAAUCCUGUUAUCUCAGCCAUCUGGGUAUCCACCUAACCUGAAUUAAAGCGAGGGG